AUGGAGGAUGAAGGAUCGAAUGCUGAGGCCAGGAAGAGCUUGGAGCAGUUCCUCGACCUCAUUAAGGAUUUGAUCCGACCAGCUGUAGCAGCAUGUAACCCCGAGCUUGAUCUCAUGCUCCUUUUGGCUAACCCAGGUGCAGUCGUCUUCUGGCGACACUGUCCUUCACAUAAGUUCAAGCGAAUGAAAACUACGAGUGGUUGCUUCAUCUCUCUCGUACCUUUGCCGGAACUCAUGCCGGAGCAAAUUCAACUUUCCCAUCCUUACUUACUCUGCUUGAUGAGAGGUGAUCCUUUGAAGACUCUGACUGGCCACUUCCGAGAAAGCACUCCCGUCACAAGAAACGUGAAAGGGAUCAACUGCUGCCAAGUCAAGCUGAGGCUUCAAGACUUUAUCGUGCUCUACAAAGAUGCGAGAUUCGCAGAUACGAGGAGAAAGGAUGAUGGCUUCGACUUCGUUACCACAAUUAAGUGUGCUCUUUUCUAUCGUAGCCGGAAGAGCCUAGACUACAUAUCAGACUACUUGCCACCAACCUACUCUGAGUUCAUAAACAGGUUUUGCUGUGAUUCCCUCGGAGGACCAGUCCUACUUGUGGGCUAUCACAUGUUACUAGGACUACAACUGGUUCUGUUGGUUAUUGGGAUUUUGAUCAAAAGAAACAUUCAUGUGCGCGGGAUAGCUCACCUGCUGCUCUUUGCCGAGUACAAGGAAGGAUGCAUUGGCCUCAACCCAUCAUUUUACGAUAAAUUCUGCAUUAUGGGUGCUGUUCCUGUUUCAGGAAUGAACCAUUUCAAACUUCUCUCUAGGAAGUCUCACAUCCUUCUAUACCCGGAUGGCAAUCGCGAAGCCCUUCAUAAGGGGGUAACUGUCGGUUACGAAGAUCUAAUGAAGAUCCCGAACUUGAGAAAUCUCAUAAGAGAAAUGAAUAACGAGAUUGUGAGGCUGUGUUCAGCCUACUAUCACGAUGACAGGACCACUGUCACUGGAGAGGUAACAAAUCGAGAUAUGCACCUUCCAGGAAUUAUGCCCAAGAUCCCGGAGCGGUUCUACUUCAUGUUCGGAAAACCAAUAGAAACCAAAGGGAGAGAGCAAGAACUGAGGGACAGGGACAAGUCUCAUGAAGUCAAGUCCGAGAAAGCUCAACUGGACAGUUUAAAUCAGAGGUCAGAGAUUCCUAGUCAUCUCGCAAGUCUGAUGAACAAUGCAAGAUUUGAUCGUCCAACGUAG